AUGGCUGUCGCGACAGUUAUCAUCACCCUACUGCUUAUCGCGCUGUCGACCACGGCGCCGACCAAGAUCGUCGAUUGCAAGAAUACCGAUCUGAACUACCACCAACUCAUCAUCAAGCACUUGUGCCAAACCCAGUUCUGUCUCUUCGGCGAGCCAACCUUCAACCUUGACACCUACACUUGCGAAUGUCCUGCCUGGGAAGAUCAACCUUUGUUCAACGAUCCAUGCGCAAACCUGGAAUGUCCUUAUGGCGACGAAGAACCUUUCUACAUGAUGCUCGACAAUGAAUGCCUGUGCAAGUCUGUCAAAGAGUUCAAAGCUCAGAUCGCUGAGGCCGAGGCUGCGCUUGACAUGGAACCUGCUGUCGAUCUGGUACGUCGCCAGGUAACCACCAUUCCAGAGGCACCGGUCGAUACUGCGGUCCCAACAUUCUUGCCCCCGGCAAACCCAGAUAUCACACCUGCGCUGUUGAACGAGUCCCUCACCAUCCAGCCACAGAAUACUGCCACCAUCGGUUCUAUCAUCCCAUACUUCCGAGACAAUCUCCUCCAGGUUCACAUGCAGCUGAACGGACCCGUGGCCGAUACCUUGGUUGUCAACGCAAGUGCCUCUUUGCCUUGUGGCAAUAUCGGUACUGACCCUGAGCCAAACCUUGCCUUGGUGCCCAAAGUCGUUCAGCAGGGCCUAGGAGAACCGCAGGUGGUGGUUGCCGACUGUCUCUGCAUCGCAGUGAACAUGUACAACCCUAACGUCGUCAACUAUUGGAUACAGAAGCCUGAUGGAUCAAUCUACUCUCUGACUGGAAGCAACAAAGUGCUUGACAUCAACAAGAUGGUUACCAACAAGAGCGUGGCUUUGGAUCUGGUCGCUUUGCCUUCCGGUACCACCAAGCGCAAUCCAGAAGCUAUGGUUCAAUAUGUUCAGCCUGAGCGACGUCAGAUCUUCCGUGGUCCAUGCGACAAGCCUUGCCCUUUCUACCAUAUGCACCAACUCAAGAGCAGUGAUGGCUUUUGUGCUUGCAUGUUCAACGCAGCCGACGAGACAAUCAACAUGGCCACCCGCGACAUGACUGAGCCAGAUGCGUACAAUGCCAAGAUGACACCCGAGGCAUGCGCUGCUAUGACUUGCUUCAAUGGCGGAGAUCGCGCAGCAGUGUUCAACCCGUUCAGCUUGACUUGCUGGUGCAUCAGUCCGUCCUACCUCGAGGUCAACCCCAGCGCCUGGACUCCACCAGCAUGA